AUUAGAUUUGACAGCAAUCAAAUUAAGCAUUUUCAUUUUCGUAAAAACACCAAAACAAUUUUUUAAAGUAGAUUUUUUUAAUUGAAAAGAACCAUGGCUCAUAAUCCUCUUGAUAAAAUCAAUGCUUUAGAUGCUAUAGAAAAAGAAAUUAUAACCUGUCUUCAAAGUGCAGGUCAAGCACUCCAAGAGCUCAGCAAAGAAAAGUCCUCCCAGAAAAAUGCCGAAAAUCAGACUCAACAAUUUCUGAAAUCCCUAUCGAACGUCGAGUCGAAACUAAGCGAACAAAUUAACUACCUCACUCAAGUGUCCACCGGUCAACCACAUGAGGGUUCUGGUUAUGCUUCGGCCAAAGUUCUGCAAAUGGCCUGGCACAGAAUUCAUCAUGCCCGGUCUCGAGUCCGUGAACUGGAAGAGUCUAAAGUAAAAUAUACGCAAGCUGCACGUCAACAGCAGCAAAGACAAAGCGAUUUCUAUCCAUAAUAACAUCUAAAAAAACUUAAUAGGCUUAACAUUUUGUAUUUUUAUUUCUACAAUGAAUGAUUUUUGACAGAAAUAAAAAGUAAUUUAGGUACUUUCUGGGG